UGCUAGUUGUGGAAAUUCACUUCGUACGCGAUUUAAGAGAUUUGGUGUCGAUAAAAUCGUUUGACGAAUUUCUUCAACAGAUAAUUGAUUCAUUUUCUAUAAAAAAUAGUCUUACUUAAACUUUUUUUGGGUAGUGGAAGAGGUGGCAGAAGACUGGGAUGCUGCAACGGUGCAGGCUCUUAUUAAUCGCUUGCACAUGUGAACCGACAUCAACAAAGGAAUCACCAAGUAAGGGAGGUAAAAAGAGAUAAGAAUCCAUUUUUGUUGAGCAUACAAUUCAAAGAUACAGAUCCAAGUCGUCGUGGCAGCAUGUAUUCCAUACAUCAACAUUGAAAGCCAUAAUUUAGGACUCUGUGUGCCUUUCCAGAGGUUACAAGAGGCCCAUAAGAAAUAGGGAAGCUGAAUAAAUGCUUCAGAAGUGAAUAAAGCAUUCUGCCAUGGAGCAUGAUUUUUCAGAUUUGGAUCAUCAUAUUUGUCCAAAUAAAAGCGUCGAACAGCAGAAAGAGAGGGAUAUUUGUCUUGCACCCACUCGAAGACUGGAAGAUCUACAAAGAUUGCAGCAAAAAAGUGUGUCAGAAAAUAAACCAGGUAAAAGAUAUCCAUUAAGUUUCUUGUAGUCGGUGAGUUUCAAAGCCAGACGCAAUCCAAGAAACAAACAAUUGGUAUCGCUUGCAAAGUUUUUCCCAUUUUUUUACUUUUUGUCUUGCCUUUAAGAAAUAACAUCUUAGCCAUUUCUCUAUGCUUUAGCAAACAAGAUUGCCAGACAAGCAACUCCAACUAUAGGCUUGAGUUACAUUGGAUUGGAGGUUCUUUAGCCAACUGUUUUUUCAAAAAAAAUUUUCCUGACCGUAAACGAAUUCCUCGGGAUUUCAUGAAACGAAUCCUCUGUGGUUAUGUUUUGCUAAUCCUGUCAGCGCUGGAAUGGAUAUGUGUCUAAAAACACAAACGUUUACUUUUUGGAACGAACAUUGCGAAGAAAAUUUCGAUUUCUAUCAAACGAAUUGAACCUAUUCCCUACUACUAUCCUUUUGUGAUAUGUAAUACUUUAUGGAAUCGUAAACCAACAAUCCAGUGAUAAUUUUCACAUCAGGUGAAGGGUUCAAAAGAUCAGAUCCAUCAAAUUGAAUUACCAUUUUGUACUUGUCUUUACAUCAAUCGCUGAAAUGGUAUUUCGAUAGAACGAUCAAAUUGUUUGUGUUUAUGAAUGGAAAUUUGGAAAAGGUAAAGUUCUAAUAAUGUAUGAACAACGAUUAUGAUGAGCCUGAAAAGUUGCUUAUCUAGAACUAUUUGGCAACUAGAAAAGCUUCGUAGUGUUUGUUUACUGACACUCUUUAAAACCUUUGUCGAAGACCAAGGCGUAUCAGCAAGCUUAUAAAAAAACAACUAACUUCUGAAAAGGAUCUUUGAACAGUAAUUCAACCUCAAACUUUAUAAUUUGCUGUUUCUUGUUUACGAGCAUUCAAAGUUGAGAUAUUCACAGACACCCAAAAGGGUUGUCAAGUUUCAAAUGGGUCCAAAACUUCAUCCUUUAAAAGGGUUUAUUUUUUUAAUCUAUCUCAGAAUAUGAGCUCGGUACCGCAUCAAUUGAAGGUGUACACUUGUAUAACAUAAAGAAAUACCUCUUGUGUACCUUUUGAAACAAAAUCUAACAAAGAUACUGCUACAAUCAGAAAAAAUUGAAUGAAUUCUUGAAAAAAUUCAAAACCUUAGUGACUCUCUCGAAACUCCAUUGUAAUCCAUAAUCUAGCUACAGGAAAUUGACUUGGAAUUCUCAUUACUGACUUUCUUUUCGUUUCUGGGAAAAAUCAAUGAUAUCUUUAUUAAUUUAGUUCUUUCUUCCAUCUUAAUUUUCCUAAACUUAAUAUGAGCAUAAAAAAAGGCCGUCUGGUAAAAUCAUUAUAUGGAGCCGGUACAGGUUCAAAUAUCGCCGUAUUGUGGAUCCUGACAAGCCUCCUAUCAUUUUUCUUGGUAAACCGUUAUGUCAAUAUUCCUUAUAUGGAUGAAAUAUUUCAUGUUUCUCAAACCCAAAGAUAUUGCAAUCAGGAUUGGGAAUGGGAUCCGGCCAUCACUACUCCUCCAGGUUUAUACUUACUGUCUUAUUUUUUGAAACCUGUUCUAGGGUGUCAUUUGGUUGCUCUUCGCUCUCUAAAUUUUGUCUUGGGGGUCGUUUGUUUGCCCGCAGUUUUGUUUGACAUCAACAAACAAUUGAGCGGUAAGGCUUUCAGUUCUCCACUUGUUCUUUCUUCUUUGCCUCCACUAUGGUUUACUUUCUUACUUUAUUAUACUGAUAUUGCUAGUACUGUAAUAGUUCUGCUGGCUUAUGAUUUUGCACUAAGAAACGCCGCCAUCCUCAGUUCUGCUUUUUGCUUCUUCAGUUUGUUCUUUCGACAAACAAACAUUCUUUGGGUUGGUUAUAUAAUGGUCACUUUAAUUACGAACGACUUGUCGUUUUAUGAUCCUGUAUUGUCUGAAGCGACCUUUGUGGAUUUUUUUUUGACGAUUACUUCAUUUAUUGGAAGUGUUUUAAGAAAUUUAGGAAAAAUAUGGAAAAAACUACUUCCAUUUGUUUUCGUCUUUGCUUUUUCAAUGGGUUUUUUAGUAUGGAAUGGAGGUAUUGUUUUAGGGGACAAAUCAAAUCAUAAUGCGGUUAUCCAUCUUUCCCAGAUGAAUUACUUUACUACAUUUUUUUUCUUUUUUUCUUUUCCUUCUUGCUUUUCUCCAUUGUUCAAAAGUGCAUCGUGGAAACCUAAAAUACAUUCUGUUAUAUUCUCGCGCACAACUCUGCUACUUCUUCCCUUAUUGCUAUUAAUUGUAAAAUAUAAUACAAUCAUACACCCGUUUCUCCUCGCUGAUAAUCGACAUUAUGUGUUCUACAUAUUUAAUCGAAUUCGCAGAUAUUGGUGGUUAAAAUUCCUUGGUGCACCUAUAUACGCAUUUUGUUACAUUUUCUUCAUCAAAAAUAUUUCUCAAUACGUAUCUGUCUUGGAUUUUACUAUUAUAACUCUAGCUACUUUGCUCACUUUAGUGCCGGCUCCCUUGGUCGAAUUUCGUUACUUCAUUCUCCCUUUCUUAUUUUGGCGAAUGAAAGUCCCGUGGAAAUCAAAAAAUGCUUGGUUAGCAGAAUUUUUCUUUCAUAUGUCUCUUAAUACUAUCAGCGUGUAUAUAUUUAUAUAUCGCCCAUUUUUCUGGCAUUCUGAGCCAGGAAGUUUACAACGAUUUAUGUGGUAAAUUACGACAGUCUUUUUUUUUUUUUUCUCUUACAAGACGAAACCUUUCAUUAGAUGGGUUGAAUGAAAUGAGUAUGGAUUUAGGAAAUGUCUCAGUAUAUCGCUUAAACGAUAUUAUAGAAAACACA